AUGAGGACUCCAACACUGGCCCUGGCCAUCAUCCUUGCCAUGGCUGUGGAAGUGGAGGGAGAAAGAGGUGCGGAUGUACAGCAAAACUCCCACGAGACAGAUUAUGAUUCAAAAGAAUACGGCGGUAAAGAGGGUCCAGAUGUAGGGGAGAAUUACGGCAUGACAGAACUUAAAAACCAAGGCCCGACUUCAGAAGCAUCGCAGAACAAGGCUGGAAGUUCUACUGACGGCUACAAAGAGACCAAAAAGGUAGUCCCUGCAUUUCUGGCAGCGGCAGCAAAAGAAAUAGGUGGAAAAGUCGUGAGCAAGCUUGGCGACAGGAUCGCGGAAGGCGUAGUGGAGAACCACCAGGAGAAGGUGGUGAGCGGUCUGCAGAACUACCUGGGGAAACAGAUGGACAAGUUCGACGAUGAGUACAAAGAACUGCUGGAGGACACCAGUAGGCUGGCAGCCGGUUUGAACAGGCCGGUGGAAGAGGCGGACAUCCAGCUUGUUCCUAGACCAGGCGCCACGAUGGGUAACAUGUACGCACCACCAGGUUGGGAUAUCCGCCAUAAGUACAAGUACAAGGAAGACAGAGAUGAAGACAAGGUCAGUUCCGGUGGACAGGCAUUAGCCUACACCUACCCAGCCGGACUAGGACCAGUUCUGAUGAACGGCUGCUUCGGGACAGGCUACAAGAAUGGAGACCCCUGCUAUAAGGCCAAGAUACCAAGAACAGGCUGUCCGAACCUGAUUGACGGUGCGACCUACCUCGGCGUCGGGUUUGACGGAAGAGUCCCUGACUCUAUGACCGUGCAAGGUAUAUACGACACAGAUGUAGAAUCCUACACCUUCAGCUCAACGGAAGAAUACAGACAAUACCUUGCGGAGAAAUCGGCCGUCACUUCUGCCAAGGCGAUGUUCCAGGAAGAGAUCAACAAGGCGUCUGGACACGGAACAGUGGGUGGAGCGUUUGGACUUCUUUGGUCAGCAGGAGGAGGAGGAUCUAGUCAGAGGGGCACAUCCAGCCAAUCAUCAAGCAUCAGUGCCAGCUCUUCUGCCAGCGGUCAGCUUAGUGAGAAGCAGACACAAACAUUCAUGGCCAUGCUGGAGAUAAACAUAUUCAGGUAUGAGAUCUUUAUGGAUGACGUGACGCCUGAACAGUUAAACGUGGGCUUCUUACGAGAUUUUAUCUCCCUGCCUGAGUCCUACUUCUCUGUCGGAGCAGAAAUAAUAUUCCAAAACUUCUACCUCCGCUGGGGAACACACUACAUCAAGUCAGCCAAAUUCGGAGGCCAGCUGAAGAUCAUCAAAACAAAACAAGCUACAAAGGACCUGUCGAUGUCUGAAUUCGCCACUAAAGCCGAGGCUGACUGGAAGAUGACUCUCAGUACCUUUUCAGCGCAGGCGUCACAGACCAAGUCCAGUAGCUGGUGGCACGAGCACGAGUCGAAGACCGAAUCACAACAAUCGUCUGGACAAGCAGCUUCCGGUUCUGAAACACAGGCCAACAGACAAGAAGAGAAGCAAGAAUUAUCCCAGGAGUACAGUAACGAGGUUCUGGUGGUUCAAGGCGGAGACCAGAAGAUCGCCGCUGCCAUCACGGAGAUGUACACGACAGCCCUAACAACAGAGCUGAAGGACUGGUUAGAGUCCAUUAACGAUUACCCCAAACCCUUCUCCUUCGUGUUGAGGCUGGUCUCAGAUCUACUGAACAUCCCCUUCGUCUCGCUCUUCCCUGCAGGAGAGGUGGACUAUGGUUGCUUUGGUAGGAGGAACCUAAAGACAGAAGUUGGAACUGGUCGAAAAUAUUACACGCAAAAGACAACAAAACAAGGAGUUGGUGACAAAGGAAGUAAGAAUUGGACUGAGGCGGUAACGGUCUCUGAGAUCCGUUAUUGUAAUUUUGAAAACCGUAAAGCCCUUGAGGACAGCAUGACCAAGAAGAGGCUGGCACUUCAACGUGCUGUUACAGUGUACUUAGAAGAGGGUCGUAUCCUGAGUUCAGACUUCCUCCUGCCCGCUGGAGAGGCAGGCUGUGAGACCGCCAUGUUGGCGUUCCUUCAGGAAGACAACACCGGCGUGCCCACAUGGGAAGACAUGACCGGAGGAAAGGAGUUCACAGUUGUCUUUGACAUGCCGUACGACAUCCCAGGGAUUCUUCAGGCACAAGACGUGCUGACACUUAAGUUCUAUCGUCACAAGUGGUUCUCUACAAGAAAAGGGUUUGUGCCACAUCUCUAUGAUGGCUACAAAAACGGAGGAAGCAACGACGUCCAAUGGAAAAAGGUCAGCGUCCAGGGUCUUGUCAUGACGUAUGAUGAGGGAACAGGUGUCUUCACGGUGACGGAUGACGACUUUAAGGCCUCGGCUGCGCUUCUUGAAGACUUACCAGACUGGGUAAACGGUCAUGACGUAGCAAGAGCUGAGUACAAAAAACUACUCAACCACUUGAGCCAGAAAAGUGACACAGUUGGAGACGUUCCGUGUAGAAUCCAGUGGUCAAACGCACAUCGCUUCGAUCCGACCGAUGAAGGAAAGUGUAUCCACUUCACUGCAGCAUCAGACGGCGACAUCUUUGUUGUGUUUGCCAGCAUUCCGAAAAAUCAUGAGACCUGGAUAUAUGUACAGAUCUCACCUGAGGGAGUUGCAUUAUAUAAGGCACUUCGGCUACAAACAACCCACCUAAAUGACAACGCCGGUGGUCUGGGUUCGGCAACCCUGUACCAGUCGUACUUUGUUUGUGUGACUGAAGAUGUGGACGAGAAAACAACUGUCGUUCAAUACGGCAAGACGCCUGACAAUGAGGAGCGUCCACACGUCUGGUUGAGUUUCACAUUCAACGAGUUGGCGUCCCUUCGCUACUAUUCCUUCGGCAGUGGAGAGUCUCCUGUCAAGGUCAUGGGGCUGUCACUACUGGACAGGCCGGCAAAGGACUUCAUCAUCUGCCGAGAGGGGACGGAGAUGGUCAACGGGGUUUGUCAACAGAAAUGUCACUCUGAGUGCAAAGCAUGCCGCACAAGUGGAUCAAACUCUCCAACUGACUGCAUCGCCUGUAAACAUCUGAAAGUGUCCUACCCCUACAGAAAGGGGCAGACUGGUGAUUUCCAAUGCGUCGCUCAGUGUCCGCAGCACAUGGAUUCUGAUACUGCUACAAAAUCAUGUACAUGCAUUAAGAGGAUGGAGGAAGCCCGCCCUGAUGGUGUACUGGACUGUGUGACGGAGUGUCCUCUGACCCACUUUGAGGAAAACAACGUGUGCAAAAAAUGCAACAGCUUUUGUAUAGACGUCAGUAAUAAGGGACAAAAGACCUGCUCCGGACCUGCUUCAACAGACUGUGACACCUGCAAGUAUCAACAUGAGGGGCGUUGUGUGCAGGGUUGCAGACCUGGGCAGAAAGCUGUUAAAGGAAAUGACAACGCGUUCACCUGCCACCAAUGUCAGCCCGGCCAUGAGUGUAGGCUGGGGGACGAGCGGGAAGACAUCUGUCCAGCGGGAACGGCAAGUAACGACAACAGGACAAUGUGCGUGCCGUGUGCAGCAGGGGAGUUUAGCAACUCGUCGGGAGCGGCGUCCUGUCAGAAGUGUCCUGCCGGCAAAUACAGUAGCAGAGCGGGAUCGAACAGCUGCGAGGACUGCCCUGUCGGAACAUACAGUAGCAGAGCGGGAUCGAAAAGCUGCGAGGACUGUCCUGCCGGAAAAUACAGAGCGGGAUCGAACAACUGCGAGGACUGUCCUGUCGGAACAUACAAUAGCAGAGCGGGAUCAAACAGCUGCGAGGACUGUCCUGUCGGAACAUACAGCCACGAAAAAGGCUCCAUAACUUGUCCGAAAUGCCAGGGGUUUACCAAUACCAUAACAGGGGCCACAGGUUAUCUUUGUAACCUUGUUGGCAGAAGGUAG